AUGCAUAGUAAGGUUGUUAUUAUUGGCUCCGGCCCUGCGGCUCACACUGCUGCCGUUUAUCUUGCGCGUGCGGAAUUGAAACCUGUUCUUUAUGAAGGUUUCCUUGCCAAUGGAAUCGCUGCCGGUGGUCAAUUGACUACCACUACCGAUGUAGAGAACUUCCCUGGUUUCCCCAAGGGAAUUGGCGGACAAGAACUUAUGGACAACAUGCGCGCACAAUCCGAACGAUUCGGCACCGAAAUCAUCACCGAAACCGUCGCCAAAGUAGACCUUUCCAAACGUCCUUUCAAAUACUGGACCGAAUGGGACGACAAAACAGAACACACAGCCGAUUCGAUCAUCAUUGCUACUGGUGCCUCGGCUCGUAGACUCUGUCUUCCAGGAGAGGAGAAAUACUGGCAAAAUGGUAUCUCCGCAUGCGCAGUCUGCGAUGGAGCCGUUCCAAUUUUCAGAAACAAGCCUUUGGUAGUUAUUGGUGGUGGAGAUACUGCUGCGGAAGAGGCUAUGUUCCUCACGAAAUACGGAUCCCACGUUACUGUUUUGGUCCGAAAAGAUCAUCUACGUGCGUCGAAAACGAUGGCUAAGAGAUUGCUCGCCAAUAAGAAAAUUACUGUUAGAUUCAACACUGUGGGAGGCGAAAUCACUGGUGAUGACAAGGGAUUGAUGACCCACAUGGUUUUCAAGAACGUCACUACUGGCGAAGAAGAAAAGGUAGAGGCAAAUGGGUUGUUCUAUGCUAUAGGACAUGACCCAGCUACCGCAUUGUUCAAGGAGCAAAUCGAGACCGAUUCCGAAGGAUAUAUUGUCACCAAGCCCGGAACCAGUUAUACCAACAUUGAGGGUGUUUUCGCUGCUGGUGAUGUUCAGGAUAAGAGAUACAGACAGGCUAUUACUAGUGCAGGAUCCGGAUGUAUAGCAGCUCUCGAGGCCGAGAAGUUCCUUGCUGAGCAAGAGGAUGCUGAAAAUGAUUUGGAAAAGGCAGACGCAGAAAAGGGUAGCAAUGUUGUUGUUCCUGAGUAUAGAUCCAACCCUUUGCUUUAG